AUGGAUCGUGCAGGCAGCCGAACCUCAAACCGACUGCGCUACAUCCGCACCGAUCCGACUACACCGCAUACAAGACGGUCAUGGAGAGUCAGCUGUUUAUGUACCUGUAGUCGUGGCCCACGACUGAGCGUCGCUUUGACCCUGCUAUGUUGGACUGAUGCUAUGAAAACCCCAGCUCGCGACUUUUAUGAAGAAACUGUCGCAUUUGAGGAACAUUCUGUGUAUGUGGACGAGGAUGAAACCGAGUAUGAGAGCAACCCCAUUGCUGAGAAUGGACCGUCAGAAUGUGCAAUGUAUUCAUGCUUCGACUACGAUAAAUGUAGGUCAGGUCUGAAAGUAUUUGUGUACCCUGACGUGGAAGAUUUGGUCCCCUCCGAAGCUUACCGUAAGAUCCUUACGGCAAUUCGUGAAAGUCGUUAUUUCGUGUCCGACCCUAAGGAGGCGUGUCUUUAUGUUGUCAGCGUCGACACAAUCGAUAGGGAUAAAAUUAGUGAGAACUAUGUACGUGAUGUUGAUCGCUAUAUUUCGAAUCUUCCUGCUGAAGUGUGGAAUGAUGGUGUGAAUCACAUCAUUUUUAAUUUAUAUCAUGGAACGUAUCCGGACUAUUCCGAUCACAAUCUUGGUUUCGCCACUAAAAAGGCGAUGAUUGCUCGAGCAUCCCCCAGUUCUCAGAAUUACCGCUUCGAUUUCGACAUAUCCUUCCCGUUAUUUCAUAAAGAACAUCCUUUGCGGAACUCCCCUGAGCUGGAUAUCUCCUUGAGGACGAAAGAUCAAUACAUCGUGUCUUUUAAAGGGAAGCGAUAUGUUUAUGGCAUCGGCUCAGAAACUCGCGAUUCGCUCCACCAUCUACACAAUGGAGAAACAGUUGCGAUGGUCACCACAUGUCGACAUAAUAAUGAUUGGCAGGCACAUCAGGAUGCUCGAUGUGAAAGUGACAACGAAGCAUACGACAAAUGGGAUUAUGAGUCUAUGAUGGCAAACUCGACAUUCUGUCUUACUCCAAGAGGAAGACGACUGGGAUCGUUUAGGUUUCUUGAAUCACUUCGGCUGGGAUGCAUCCCUGUAGUUUUGUCGGAUGACUGGGUGCUCCCUUUUGAUGAGGUUAUUGAUUGGUCGGCUGCUGCGGUCGUCAUUCCUGAAGACAAUGUGCUUUUGGUACCUGACAUUCUAUAUACAUUCACAGCCGAGAAAAUUUUCUCAAUGAAGCAGCGAGCUUUCUUUCUUUACUACAGAUACUUCAGUAGUGUUGAGAAAAUCACCAUAAGUGCACUACAGAUUGUUUGGGAGAGGAUACGAAUAGCUGAAGCCCUAGAACGAACUCGCUGGAAUCAUCUUCAUCCGAUGGACAUUCUAAUGGCUACAAAUGGAUUAAAUGUGGUCAUCAAAGCUUCUGAAAAGGCAUCGUCCAGACUACAGAAAGUGGUCUUCAAUAUAGCGAAAUUACAGGAUUUGCGCAAGAUUGUCAUUCUAUGGCCACGUUUACGUGGCGUUCCUCCUGUAGGCGCUGAUUUUGGGACGAAAAUACCUCUAGAGUUCGUUGAAGUGACCAAUAAGACUAUCGACGUAACAUCCGUGCGAAUGGCAUGUGGUCAGGGUUUUGUGAUGUUUGUCGAUGAACGUUUAAAUCCACCUCUGGCGGAAAUGAAUACUCUGCUGGAAUAUUCGAAGAGAAAUCCCAGUAGAUUGAUCGGAGUGCAUGGACUAGAGUUCGACUGGCAGAAAGGACAAAUUUCGAUUGGACGCGUUUACAAUGGACUAUACUUCUCGCUGGUGGUUUUUCACAGCUGGUACCUCGGGGAAAACGUUUCACCCAUCCCUUCUGUGUUGUGGAAUGAGUGUUUAUCAGCUGUGGUUAAUGUAGUGGUAACUGAACGCUCGAUGCUUCCUCCUAUGGUUGUUGGCGAAAGGGGACAAGAAACAUGGUUAAAGCCUGAUAUUGACAUAUCCUGUUAUCGAAGACUGGCGGCGCGGUGGCUAAGUGAUUUGCCGUUAUUAUACUCAGAUCUUCGCGAAUUAGAAGAUCUCAAAAACUUACGAAAGGAAGAAGUUUAA